AUGGCAGCAGCAGAAGGACCACCUCUUCCCAUCGAAGUGACCGAUGAAAACGUCGCGAAUCCAUUUUCAGACACGCAAUGGACGACAUUGAUGUCGAUUAUGGAUACCAUCAUUCCUUCAAUCCAGAACGACUCCUCCACCGACCAGAACGCACAUAAAUCCUUCUCAGCAGAAGAAUUCAACACAGCGGUAAAUUCAUUGAGGGAUAUUUUGGAAAAGGAACACGAUAUCAAGAUAUACGAGGAAUAUCUCAACCGGAAAGCAUCAGAUGAAUCAAAGUUCCAGAACACAUUGAAACAUGCAUUUGGGAAGCUCUUGCCGGAGUCUGCGAGGAAGGGGAUGGCGUUUAUAUUGUCUACACUGGACACUCGAGUCGGAUCCAUGCUGUUAACCGGUUACACUACCUCUUUCCACGACCAACCCAUUCAUAUCCGCGAAGCUAUUUUGGAAAGCUGGCGCGUCUCGUAUCUUCCUACCUUAAAUCUUGUGUACAAGCAGAUGAUGGUGAUUGCGAAAAAUGUGUGGUUGAAUACUAGUCCUAGCUUUCGGGAGCUUGUUGGGAUUCCCGGUGGUCCAGAUCACGUCAAAUUAGAGAAGCCGUUUGAAAACGACUUUCUUCAAUUUAACAGUGGUACUGCCCCAGAGAUUGUCGAAACAGAUGUGGUUAUUGUAGGAUCUGGAUGCGGAGGAGGGGUUUGCGCCAAGAAUAUCGCUGAAGCUGGACAUCGCGUUUUGGUGGUGGAUAAAGCAUAUCAUAUUCCCGCCGCUCAACUACCUCUUUCCGAACAGAAUGGACUUCGGAAGCUCUUUGAAGGCGGGGCAAUGCUUACAUCUGACGAUGGAUCUAUCGCAGUAGCGGCUGGAAGUGCCUGGGGAGGUGGAGGUACCAUCAAUUGGUCGGCGAGUUUGCAACCACAGGAGUUUGUACGACGGGAAUGGUCACAGGAUAAAGGACUAGAGGUUUUUGAGUCGGCUGAGUUUCAAGACUGUUUAGAUACAGUAUGCAAGCAUAUGGGUGUGUCUUCGGAUCAUAUCAGACACAAUCACGCCAACAACAAUCUAUUAGAAGGGUCGAGGAAACUCGGAUUUAGCGCUAAAGCUGUACCUCAAAAUACGGGAGGAAAAGAGCAUUAUUGCGGUCAUUGUACUCUUGGUUGUGGAUCAUCUGAAAAACAAGGACCAGCAGUUGCUUGGUUACCAGAUGCCGUACGUGCUGGUGCACAAAUGGUUGAAGGCUUCAGAGUCGACCAUGUAAUAUUCGACGAGGACGACCCUACCAAAGCAACCGGAGUCAAAGGUCUAUGGACAGCACGAGACGACACCGGCGAAUUCGACUCAGAAGGACGAACAACCCGCGAAGUCAUAGUAAAAGCCAAAAAGGUCAUAAUCUCAUCAGGAACCCUCUGGUCCCCCAUAAUCCUCCAAAACAGCGGUCUCCGAAACUACCACAUAGGCCGCAACCUCCACCUCCACCCCGUCAACAUGCUCUCCGCCAUCUUCCCCACCUCGACCCGUCCCUGGGAAGGCGGCAUCCUGACCUCCGUCUGCACCACCUUCGAGAACCUCGACGGACUAGGCCACGGCGCCAAGCUCGAAACCACGGUAAUGCUCCCGUCCAUGUUCCUCGUCGGCUUCCCCUGGUACUCCGGCCUGCAAUUCAAACGCAACGCCCUCAAAUUCCGCAACAUGAACGGCUUCAUCUCCAUCGCCCGCGACCGCGACACCGGCCGCGUCUACCCGGAUCCUACGACCGGCACGCCGAGGGUGAAAUACACGCCCAGUGUCUUCGACCGCAAACACAUCCUCGAAGGCGUGAUCGGGCUGGCGAAAAUCGCAUAUAUCCAAGGAGCGGUCGAAAUCCAUCCGUUCACGUCCGCCGGCCGCCCCUUUAUCCGUGAUCCUAAUGCUAAUCCGGGUGCUGGGAUCACGGAUCCGCAUUUUCAGAAUUGGAUUAAGGAGUUUAGGGAGGGCGGGAAUAAACCGCCGGCGACGAGUUUUUCGUCUGCGCAUCAGAUGGGGACGUGUCGGAUGAGUAGAACAGAGGCGGAGGGGGUUGUGGAUGAUAAAGGGAGGGUGUGGGGGUGUAAGGGGUUGUAUGUCGCGGAUGCGAGUGUGUUUCCGAGUGCGAGUGGCGUUAAUCCUAUGGUUACUAAUAUGGCGGUUGCGGAGUGGAUUAGUAGGGGGGUGGUGGGGGAGAUGGGGAAGGUGGAGGUCUAA